UUAUCUGCUGUACUGGGCAGCGAGCCAAAGGAUCAGCUGAUGUGUGGAAGGAAGCGAGCACGUGAUUAGCAGCCCUGUGCAGGGAAGCGACCGACUUGCAGGCUUUCGGUUGCGGUUGAUGCACUACUGGUUGCGGUUUAAUGUCCGAUAGCUGGUCAUCCCUCAAAUCCAUGGUCAUGAAACACAUUGUCUUCCUUCUUCUACUCCAUGCCUUCUCCCUGGCUUUGGAGAAUGGACUUAUGAGAACGCCUCCAAUGGGGUGGCUUGCUUGGGAGCGCUUUCGUUGUAAUAUUGAUUGCAAGGCAGAUCCCCAUAAUUGUAUCAGUGAGACACUCUUCAUGGAAAUGGCAGAUCGUCUGGCCAUGGAUGGUUGGAGGGAGCUGGGCUAUGAGUACGUGAAUAUUGAUGAUUGCUGGAUGGCAAAGAAGCGGAAUAUGAUGGGACAUCUGAUUCCAGAUCCUGAGAGGUUUCCCAGAGGGAUCAAAGCCUUGGCAGAUUAUGUUCACUCACGGGGUCUGAAACUUGGCAUUUAUGGUGACCUAGGCACCCAUACCUGUGCAGGUUACCCGGGUACUACAUUAAAUUGUACUGAACAAGAUGCUUUAACGUUUGCACAAUGGGGAGUGGACAUGCUGAAACUAGAUGGUUGCUACUCAUCAUCGGAUGAACAAGCCCAAGGUUAUCCUAGAAUGUCCAAGGCUCUGAAUGUAACAGGUCAUCCCAUUGCCUAUUCCUGCAGUUGGCCAGCCUAUCAAGGGGGACUCCCACCUGCAGUUAACUAUACACUUUUAGCAAAUAUAUGCAACCUCUGGAGAAACUUUGGUGACAUACAAGACUCUUGGGAAAGUGUCCUCUCUAUUGUGGAAUGGUUCUCAACAAAUCAGGAUGUACUUCAGCCAGCAGCUGGCCCUGGCCAUUGGAAUGACCCUGACAUGCUAAUCAUCGGAAACUUUGGUCUGAGCCUUGAAGAGUCCAAGUCCCAGAUGGCCUUAUGGACAAUUAUGGCUGCUCCUCUUUUCAUGUCCACAGACCUCCGUGUUAUUUCUGAAAGUGCCAAGGAGAUUCUACAAAACAAAUUGAUGAUUAAAAUUAACCAAGAUCCCCUGGGAAUUCAAGGGCGUAGAAUCCUUCAGGAGAAAUCUCAAAUUGAAGUAUUUCUGCGGCCUCUUUCCCACUCAGCCAGUGCUCUGCUUUUCUUUAGUCGGAGGACAGACAUGCCAUAUCGCUACACAACUUCCCUUGCACAGCUCAAUUUUACAGCAAAUGCUGUCUAUGAAGCACAGGAUGUGUACACCAGUGAAAUAAUCAGUGAUCUGAAGAUUGCUACCAACUUCACAGUGGUGAUUAAUCCCUCUGGUGUAGUCAUGUGGUAUCUGUACCCAACAAUGAAGCUGGAACAGUCUUUCAACUUCAUAAAGCAGCAGGUGAAAGCAAAGAAAUUCAGUCCCUUUAAUCUGUGACAGCCAGUAGUUGAAUAACUUAUUGGAAAGUUGCUAAGGAUUCUCCAUUCCCUAUUGGUACGCUUGUGGUACCUCAACAGAGGGAAAAAAUGGUUUGUGUAGGAUGGCAGUUUUACACAAUAUACAAAUUGAGAUCUACCUCUACACACAAUGGAUGAUGCUUUUAGUUCACUAGUAUGCAAUCCAAUACUUCUAAGUAGACAUAAAUAAGAAUAUCCAUGUGUUCCUAUUUAUGUAGAUUAGACUGCUAAUGAUGGUCACAUGCAUUGAGAUGAUCAACCAGAUGCCCAUAUAUAAGCAUAAGUAAAAACCUGAUCAUAUUUUGUAUAAGGAAAUUCCUAUAGGUUACUGAAUUAUAGAUUUCCUGGAUUCCAAAAUUGAAUUAUCAUUUAAUGCACAGAAUUUCAAACUAUUGCACUAUAUGGUAUCAAUUAUGUCAGUAAUUGAAAUAAUUGCAAAAGUUCUUUUUGUUACCUUUCUAGCAUUUCUUCUAUAGUAGCUUCUUCUCUGGCUUGCUUGCCUAAUUUUCCAGGAUUUUUGUAAUUUUUAUUCUUUUGUUAUAAACAACUCUUCAGUGACUUUUUUUUUCACCAUAUGUUCAGAUGUUUAUAUUUUUAAAUCAGGUUUUGAGUAAAGAUUGUUUCAGAAAUGAUUUGAUUAAAAAUGAAUACAAUUCCAAAGUGUUUGCUAAUUCUGUGGUUUAUUUUUUCUUGUACAUUUUUCCUAGUCACAUACUGUACUUUUGAUGUAACUGAAUCCCAGAAUUGCCAGCCAAAAUAUAAUCUAUCACAUCUGGAGAUUACCACAAUAAGUUUCCUUAGUUUUAUUCACCCUUUUUUUCAAUAAGCUUCUUUUAGUACUGUGACAGUAUUUAUCUAGAAACUAUUAUUUAGGUUAUUUGUUUUAUAACAGAAAACCUGGACAGCAUGCCACUCAAUUUAUAUAUAUGAAAUGGAUUAAAAGGCAGCACUGAAGCACCAAUCAUAGCAGCACAAGAACAGGCAUUAAGCACUAGAUCCAUAGAAGCAAAGAUUCACCACACUAGAUAAGAUGCAAAGUGCAAACUAUGCAGAGACGUAAGAGGCAGUCUUAAUACAUAAUAGCAGGGUGUAAGAUGCUGGCAGGAACAGCAUAUACUGAAUGACACAACCAAGCAGCAUUGUGUACAGGAACAUGUGCACAGUAUAUGGAAAGACACAAAUCCAAA